GUGGUCUGUGUUUAUUUUUGUGAAGGAUUCUGCGGCGUUACUACAGACGCGUCUCUAGAGCAUCACAUCGCUUUAACACAAUUAAAAUAGACAUCUAUACAUAUAAAACGGAGGAUUUCAUUAACGACAACAUCUGAAGGAGCUGUGACACGCGUCUGAGUGCGUGCGCUGACUGAUGAGGGAAACACAUCUGCAAUGUCAUUUCUAUUUGACUGGAUCUACAGAGGGUUUAGUGGAGUUCUGCAGUUUUUAGGUUUAUAUAAGAAAUCUGGGAAGUUGGUUUUUCUUGGUUUGGACAACGCUGGAAAAACAACUCUACUGCACAUGCUGAAAGACGACAGAUUAGGACAACAUGUGCCAACGUUACAUCCCACGUCGGAAGAGUUGACCAUCGCUGGAAUGACAUUCACUACAUUUGAUCUGGGUGGUCACGUACAAGCGCGGAGAGUGUGGAAGAACUAUCUUCCUGCCGUUAACGGCGUGGUCUUUCUCGUGGACUGUGCCGAUCACGAGCGUCUCGCAGAAUCGAAGGUGGAGCUUGAUUCAUUGCUGUCAGAUGAGACGAUCUCCAGUGUGCCGGUGCUGGUGUUGGGGAAUAAGAUCGACCGUCCGGAGGCCGUGAGUGAGAUGAGACUACGAGAGGGUUUCUCUCUGGAUGGACAGACCACGGGGAAGGGUAACAUGUCAUUAAAGGAGCUGAACGUUCGGCCGCUGGAGGUGUUCAUGUGCAGCGUUCUGAAGAAACAGGGUUAUGGAGAAGGUUUCCGAUGGCUCUCACAAUAUAUCGACUGAUUACAGACACCAAUCAAAUCUGAUCCGUACUGAAUGUAUGCUGCGUACAUGUCAUGUCAGAUUUACUGUAAUUAUGAGAUGUUACCUUGGAGAUUCUACCCGGAGCUGUUCACAUUCUCUGACUUUAUUCAAUGAAAUACCAAAACAGCUUUGAGUUUCAUAACAGCAAAAUAUUUACAACAGAAAUGCGCUCCAGGUGGCAAUGGCACAAUAAAAUGAAAUAUCAAUCAGAAAUAUGUUUACUACCAUUAACUGUUGAUGCUGCUGCCAUAUUGGUUCUUUUUAGAUGACAUCAGGAUGUUUAAAUUGGAGCAUGCAUAGAAAUCUGAGUUUACAACUUGUAAUACCGUAAUUCCAACAUGACAUAAACGCACCAUUAUUUCUCUUCUCAGUGAUUAUCAGCACUUGAAAGCAAUAACAGAUUGUUCAUUUUGGCAUUUAGUGGUACUUAUUGUUUUUUUUCUAAUUUAUUUUGUCAUUUUGUUCUGGUCAGUUCUUCUUUUUAGCAUGUUAAAGGUAAAAGUUGUCAUUUAUGCGCCAUCAAACAGAACAGAACUAUUUCACUGGAAAAUAAUCAUUAUUUUUGCAGUUCAGUUUGGUGACACUAGUGGUGAAGAAAUGACACACUUUGGGCCUCAUUCAUGAAACACAAACAGAUCAGAUUUUUGCAAAGAUUAAUUAUUAAAUUAUUCUUACAUAAAUUGUUGCAUUCAAUGCAAAAAUAUUGUUUGAAAGACCGACAGUAUUUAAGUAUGGGGUAUAUAAAAAUGUAUGUGAGUUUUUCUAGUUCUAGUUUUUUUUUUGCUUAAUCCAACUGGAAUAAAAUUCAUUGACUUUGUUCACAUAUGGUAUCUGAAAAACAAACCAAAAAAAUUGGACAAUUUUCUUUAAAUUUUUAUGGUUUUAUUUCACUUUGUUACACUUGUUGUGUUCCCGGUCAAAAAUGACCGGCCAUUGGAAAUGAAAGGAUUAGACUACAAAAUACUUAAUAUUUAGUGUUCAGGAGCAUCCCAGUGUUUGGGCUCAUUUGAAUCGGGAUCGUCUGCUGUAAGUUAUGAUAUGUCAUUGUCUAUGUUAUGUGUAUGUUUCAGAAAUUUAUAAGGAAAAACAUGACAAAAAGACACUUCUAUUUAUUAUAUUUCAUUUAUGUGUGUCAGUGGGAAUUUCACACACUAAUACUCACAGCAGUUUGGCCUCUGAGUGAAACAAAUUUGCUCAUUGCAUUCUACAAAUUGAGACCUUUCCAACAAUAUAUAACACAUGACUAUCUCAUCUUUUUUAUGGUUUUGCCAAAUCUGAAUAUAAUAGUUGUGAUAACAAAUUUGCAAAUGACGAGAAGGAAACAUUUCUAAUUUGUCAGCAAAUUAAAAAGCAUUAUUUAGGAAUUGGUAGGAUCAGCUAUAUGCAUCGUAUAGUCCAGAUUCUAGGCUUUAAAACGACACCUAUUUUGUUCAGAUCAUUUAUUAUGUCAUUAUUAUUAUUUUUAUUUUCCGCAGGGAGUGUAUAAGCUGUUCAAUUAAUCCUUCUAUCAAUAAAAAAAUAUAUAUUUUUAAAUAUGUUCAAAAAAGGAGUACAUAUAACAUUUAUAUAUAUAUAUAUAUAUAUAUAAAUGUUAUAUUAUUAUUAUUAUUAUUAUUAUUAUUAUUAUUAAAAAUGAAGUUGAUGAAAAGAUCUAAUGCAAUAUCUCAAUAAUACAGUAUUAUGCAAAAUUAGAGAUUUAUAAACAAUCUUAGUGGGCCGGUCAUUUAUGACCGGAAACACAAAAUGUGUUAGCACAAAACUAACACAACACAAGGGUUAAGAAGGGACUGUGUGGGGGGGUCUGGGAUGCUCAGCGAGUAAAGAUGCCGACUAUCACACCUGGAGUCGUGAGUUUGAAUCCAGGGCGUGCUGAGUGACUCCAGCCAGGUCUCCUAAGCAACCAAAUUGGCCCGGUUGCUAGGGAGGGUAGAGUCACAUGGGGUAACCUCCUCGUGGUCGCUAUAAUGUGGUUCUCGCUCUCGGUGGGGCGCGUGGCGAGUUGUGCGUGGAUGCCGCGGAGAAUAGCGAAGCCUCCACAUGCGCUACGUCUCCGCGGUAACGUGCUCAACAAGCCACAUGAUAAGAUGCGCGGAUCAACGGUCUCAGAUGUGGAGGCAACUGAGACCCGGAUUGAGGCAAGUCACUACACCACCACGAGGAGUUAGAGCGCACUGGGAAUUGGGCAUUCCAAACUGGGGGAAAAAAAAAUAAGGGACUGUGUGAAGAACCACUCUUGAGUAAUCUUGAAGAGACAUCACUUGGAGUAUUUUAAAAUCUGAGUUGCACGAGUAACAGUUUAUACUUCAGUGUUGUUGUAUCAUUUAGUAUCUUUUCAUUUUCAUCAAGUAGUUCUGAACUAUAAUAACAGAUUAACUCACGACAGCUUCUCUGAAAUGAGACUUUAUCUGCUUGAUUUUCUUCUGAGAUGUACAGUAUAUUGUAAUGUAUUCUAGUGUACAGUGAAUCAGUUGCUGUAGAUAAUGUUAGAGUUAGGUUAAAUUAUGAUAUAGCUUGAGUCCAUAAUGUCAGUGUUUGUCAUCACCUGCUACAUGUGUUACAUUAUAUUUAAAUGUUCUGAUGCUGUUGGUUUUUUUUUGAUUAUCAGAUUACUAAUUGUGUCUGUCUGAUAUGAGAGAACCUACAGCUGAGAUACUAUAGAUGUUCAUUUCUGUGUUUCCUAUAUAAUACACUUAUUUUUUUUCGCACUAGUAAAUGUUGUAUAAUGGAGUAUAAGUGUGUUUUUAUUAUUCAUUGAAUUAAGUGUACAGGAAUCAACAACAGAUUGUGUGAACAUAAAAAUAUUUUCAAGAAUGUUGUUGCAGUUUCUGGUGUAUUUUACUGAUUGCAGCAGUGCUGUUUCGGAAAGUUCGGAAACAAAGACUUUUGAUAAUGCACUUGGCAUCUUCUGUUGUUGCAGUCAAUUCACAUUUAAAGAAACAGUUCACCAAAAAUAGUCAUUAUUUACUCACCCUCAUGUCAUUCCAAAACCGUCUGACUUUCUUCCAUGGAAUGUCCAUGCUGCUCUUUUCAACCUCCAAAUGUGACAAAAAUAAAGCACCGUAAAACUACUGCAAAAUGCUGGUUAGGAGUUUUUGUGCUCACACACGAUGUGUCGAUUUAAACAAGAAAAGAACACCACAUUGUAAUGAGGAGGGGGGCGUGUCCGGUCCGUGAGGUUGCACGGUCGGCGCUGAAUCAGCUGAUCAGCGGGAAAGCGAGAU